GUAAAAUUGUGCAGGUAGAGUGUAGACUGCGCAUUUGCAGUAUAGACAAACUUUAGUAGGUAUUGCAGUGUAGUUAUUAUUGAUUGACAUUGAGCUUGAACUUGAGUUGAGUGUGAGACUUGUCUCUUGUGACUUGACUUGAGUAAUCUUAUUGCGUUCCAACGGUUAGGACGUUUGAGUCAGUUUGUCUAAGUUAAAAGUAAAAGUUGUUAUUGUAAACAUGUUUCACGGACCCGAAAAAGCUUUACAAACAUCCUAUAUUGCGAUGCAACGUCCUCAAUCCAAUUCUUCGAGGGUAGAUGACGAGCUCAUGCAGAAGAGUCAUCGUGCGCUGAGCAAUACAACCGACCCUCUUGAGAGACUUCGUUUGAUGUGCCUCUCUCGAGGCUCUGAUGGUAUCUUGGCCAUUGCCAGAGUGUUCCGGAGGAUGGAUCACGAUGGCACUAAAAAACUCAACAAGGAACAGUUCAUCAACGGAAUUAAAGAGUCAGGCAUGGACUUGAACCCAAAUGAGAUUGAAGCUCUGUUCGACAGUUUUGAUUCAGACAAGACCGGUUGCAUCAGCCUUGACAAAUUUAUUGCACGUCUUCGUCCGCCGAUGUCGGAGUCCCGUCGCGACAUCGUCGCGCAAGUGUUCAAGAAGCUGGACAAAUCCGGACACGGCGUUCUAGCCAUCGAUGAUAUUCGAAAAAUCUACUCAGUCAACUGUAGCCCCAGGUACAAGAGUGGUGAAGAUACUGCAGAUUUUACGAUGAACAAGUUCCUGGCUAACUUCGAGGGUGACGACUCCGUUGAUGGAACUGUAACACUUGAAGAGUUUAUGAAUUACUACAGCGCCAUCAGUGUCUCUAUCGACACCGACUGCUACUUCGACUUGAUGAUGCGUCAGGCAUACAAGUUGUAAAUUUAUCAAAUAAAUAUCUUUUUAUUCCACUUAUUGCUCCCUUUACGCUCAUCGUAUUUAGAGUGAAAGGAAAGAUAGUUUGCACUAUAUUUCACGCUUGAUCCAUUAUUAUACUGAACAAUAUAAUAUUGUAUUAAA